UCCCCGACCCCGCGGCUACCGGGGCCCGCCCGAGGCUCCUCCCCGCGGAGCAGGCGCAGAGCGCGGCGGGGGAAGAUGGCGGCGGCGCGGCUGUGGCGGUGCGGGCUGCGCGGCCCCUGCGUGUCCGGCGCCGGGCGGUUUUUCAGCCGUGGGCCAAAUGUACUGCAUCAAGACAGCAGUGCACCACAAGCUGCUUUCUUCUCACCUCUUCAAAAAGUGAUGUUGCCACCAAAUACAUUCCAAGGGAAAGUGGCCUUUGUAACUGGUGGAGGUACUGGGAUUGGCAAAGCCAUGACAACAACUUUGUCCAGUUUAGGUGCCACGUGUGUUAUAGCAAGCCGGAAGCUGGAUGUUUUGAAAGGAACAGCAGAUGAAAUUUCUUCUAAAACAGGGAAUAAGGUUCAUGCCAUCCAGUGUGAUGUGAGGGAUCCGGUUUCAGUUAAGAAUGCUGUUGCUGAAACAAUCCAAGUGGCAGGACAUCCUGAUGUUGUGAUAAACAAUGCAGCUGGAAACUUUAUUUCUCCUUCUGAACGACUUUCUGCUAAUGCCUGGAAAACAAUAACUGAUAUUGUACUUAAUGGUACUGCUUUUGUAACUCUGGAAAUUGGAAAGGAGCUCAUUAAAGCACAAAAAGGAGCAGCAUUCCUGGCUAUUACAACAAUUUAUGCAGAGAGUGGUUCAGGAUUUGUGUUGCCGAGUGCCUCUGCCAAAGCUGGUGUAGAAGCAAUGAGCAAGUCUCUUGCGGCUGAAUGGGGUAGAUAUGGCAUGAGAUUCAAUGUGAUUCAACCAGGUCCAGUAAAAACAAAGGGUGCUUUUAGCCGCCUUGACCCAACAGGCGCAUUUGAGAAGAAGAUGAUUGAGAGGAUUCCCUGUGGUCGUCUGGGAACUGUAGAGGAAAUUGCAAAUCUUGCUGCCUAUUUCUGCAGUGACUAUGCAAGCUGGGUUAAUGGAGCAGUUAUCAGAAUGGAUGGUGGAGAAUAUGUUUCUAUGGCAGGAGAAUUCAAUGAGUUGAAGAGGGUUACCAAAGAGCAGUGGGAUAUGAUGGAAGCAAUGAUUAGAAAAACAAAAGGCUCCUAAAGUACAUAACUUUAUGGCGGAGAUUCUUGGAAAUGAAUCAUACUUUUUAAUGAAUAUUUAGAAAUAACCAAUUGACAAAUAGCCUUCAAAAUCUUUUUUAUGCUAAUUUCAAUAAAAUAUUUUGAAAUGGUUGUAUUUGGAAUAUAGCUUGUAUAUUUUUCUAAUCUAAAAUCUAUUCUGUUGCAAUAGUGAACAACAGUUGGUCACUAAAAUUUUGUUGUUCUUUAGGUUGUCUUACAUAGCCAUGCCAUGGUCUACAAUCAGCCUGUUUUUUUAAUCUUUCUGAGGAUUUUUUUUCUCAGAUAUAUGCAAGUGUCUCUUAAUACUGUCAUAUCAGUAGCAUUUCAGUGCUAUCAUAACUGAAUGUAAUCAUUAAUAUGAAAAGAGAAACAAAAUACGAAGUCCUAAUCUUCACACUUCAAUAAGAAGUGUGAAGACUUCAACUUGCAAAUACAGUUUCAUAUUAUUAGAAGGCCAACAUACACUGAGAAAGGAUGUAAUUCCUGUAGUUACUUAGCAAAUCUUGAAAUGUAUAACCAUCUUGGUCUCAUCUUUUGUGACAUUUUCAGUCUGUUAAUGAUCUUAUUCUGAACUUUAAAAUGGCAUUUACAGACCUGUAGUGCCUUUCUAAGGAGCUUGCUCUUUGUCAUGAUGAAGUUAAUGUUCUUGAAAAUGAGAAACCAAAAAUCAUUUGUUAUUACAUAUAUGUGACUAUGGCAGCUCUGCAUAAAAAGUGGUUUAUUUAAGAGUAUUAAAGGGAUGUUGAUAAAUCGGGACUGAAAGUGUUGAAAUUUACAAAAAAUCUCUAGGUUUCAUUUGUAUUCACAGGGUGGUACUAAAGAAAUUUUAAGAUGGCAUUACCUCUUAAUCUAGUCAGUUUAUCCAUCCCAGAUAAGCAGAUGAUAAAAAAAUUGCUCUCCCUCUUUUAUUCAAAUUUAGAGAGUUGGUAGAUUUUUAUCCCUGAUGCCUCAGACAAUGGCUGGAAUUCUUCAAAGAAGUUAUCAGCCUCUGACCUUUACAACCUGAAAUCAAGGCUUUUUUUUUUUUUUUUUUUUUUUUUUUUUUUUUUUUUUUUUUUUUUUUGGUGUUUAACCAGAGCUGCAGCCUGUCCCCACAUAAAAUCAUGUACAUAGUUUUAUGUGCUUUGAGACUGAUACAGUGAUUUAAGAGUCAGGACAAAAGACUCCAUUUAAGGAUGUCCUCCUUCAGGUGCUGUUGGUGGUCAUGUAUUUUUCCACACAAUCCAGGGCAUACUUAACAUAUGCCAACAUCUAAAUUUGAGGUCACUUGAUUUCCUUAUUACAAAUAUGAAGCAAACUAAGAUGUGUUCUGCUUGAAAGUAUGAACUGUAUUAGUGUGGGCUUCCACGUGCCUUCCUCCUGUGAGUGAUGGUCCUGUGUGGGAUUGAAUAGCCACUGAUAACAAAAUCAACUGUGUUUAUCAUAGCAGCCUUCAAGGUGUUCUUAAACAUAAUGUGAAGCUUUUUUAUGGUAACUUGGGUUUGGUAGGUGUGUUGUCAAGAUCAAAUUCUAACGUGACAGCCAUAUCUUUUCCCCAAAAAGUGAUUUAAUUGAGAAGUUAGGCCCAUAUAUACUGUUUAUUGAUUGUCAUCCUUUGAUGUUUGAUAAUUAUAUUGCCUCCUGGUGUGGGACACAUACAAGUUGCAUAUAAGACUUUGACAUUUGAAAAAAAUUGCUUCAGAAAAAAAAAUCAAAUGUACGUUUGUGAGAUGUGGUAACAUCAGAUAUUUCUCUGGAGUGUCUAGUAGGUUAUCCUCUGGUGACAGGCUGUCAAUAAAAAUAAUUUCUUAUCA